CUCGCCGGUCGCCAGUCUGGCCGGUGAACGUAAAGGUGGGAGUGUUCCGUGAUUCGGGGUCGACUGCAGCGGGCGGUGGGGCGACCGGGCGUCGCGACCGCCUCGAGCUCAGUGACCCAGUGCACGAUGAGUGGCAAAGUGGACGAGAAUGGUGGCCGGUUAGACGAGUCCCCGGAGCGGGACGCCAUGCUGGACGGCGCAGAGCCCCGCAAACGGUCACCGGGCCGGCUGUCGCGCGCCACGGACGCGCUGGGCCUGCCGUGCCGCUGGGCGGUGGUGCUGGUGGUGCUGCUGGUGCUGGUGAUGGUGCUGCUGGCAGCAGUGAUUGCGCUGGCGGCGAGCUGGCCGUCGGCUCCGGUGGAGGAGGCCGUCAGCCGCUGUGAAUCGGCUCACUGCCUGAGCGCCGCCGCGCAGCUGCAAGCCGGCACGGUCGGCGAUGACGCCAUGGCGUGCAACACGUUCUGGGAACACAGCUGCUCGGCCUGGGUGGAGCGCAACCCCAUACCGGCCAUCGACAGCGAGUGGGGCGUCACUCAGAAAAUGCGCCGCUCCGCCGAGGAGCGUCUGCAGAGGAUCCUCUCCACUCUGCCGUACGUCGAGUCGCCGCGCUCCUACCUGUGGAAGCUGAGCGCUCUCUACAUGGGCUGCAUGGACCGGGCGGCGCACCCGGACCGCUCCGACCUGGCCACCAAACUGCUCGGAGUGGUCAGCAGUCUCGGUGGUUUCGAACCGCUAGGCAAGUUUGAGCGGCAGCUGUGGAACCCGGGCGCCGUCAUCCGCCAGCUCCACGCCGACCACAACAUCGACGUCUUCUUCAGGAUCGGCGUGGUGGCCGACCCUGACAACGGCACCAACAACGUGCUGCAGAUAUCGCCGGGUGGCUUCGGCCUGCGGGAUCGUGGCCACUACUUCAGGGAGCCAGACGACCCGGUGGUGACGGCAUACCAGCGCUACAUCCAGGAUGUCCUGCUGCGGAUCGGCGUCACUGUAGACAGCGCCGCUCGGUUCGCCAAGAACAUGUUCCACUACGAGAGGCGGCUGGCGGAGGCGUCGCUGGACCCUCUGGAGAGGAGUGACCCGGCCAGCACCCCGCACCCGCAGCGGGUCACUGUUGACUGGCUCCGCAAGGAGUCGCCUCAGAUUGACUGGCUGAAUAUCCUACGGGACGUGUAUCCCGCUGGGAAGGUCACGAUGGAGACAGAGGUCGUGCUGCCCGACCAGCAGUACGUCCUGGAGGUGUCCAAGAUUGUGUCAAGCACAGCCACCAGCUCGAUGAACGAGUACCUGAUGUGGCGACUGGUGGACGGCUACCUGCCCUACCUCCCGGAGGUGGAUCGCGCCGCGCUGGACGUGCUCCGAUCAGAACUCACCGGCGUAAAGCGCCAGCCGCCCCACUGGCUGACCUGUACGAGGAUCACGCGCCAGCUGCUGCCACUGGCGGCCGGAGCCCUGCUGGCGCGCGACGAGCCGUCGGAGGCCAGAGAGCACAGUCAGCGGGCGGCCACGGACCUUUUCCAGUCGCUGCAGCAGGGUCUGGGCGGGGCGCUCACCUACAGCCGGCUGGUCAGCGACCGGAACCGCGCCGCCGUGCUCCAUCAGAUAUCGAGCGUUGACCUGGUUUGCGGCUACCCGGCCGUGCUGUUGGAGGACAAGCUGCUGGACAAGGUGUACUCGGAGCUGAAUGUCAUGCGGCACAACUUCUUCGACAGCGUGCAGGCGGCCCGGCGCCACCAGAGGAUUAUUGAACAGAAGGCCUACCUGGUACCCGGUCAGGAGCAGGAGUUGGAGCCGCUCCUGAACGGUGCGUCGGUGAGCUACAGCCAAGCACAUCACACGGUCGUCGUACCUGAUUACCUGCUGCAGCCGCCGCUCUUCGAGCCCACCUACCCUCCGCCUUUCAAGUACGGAGGUCUGGGCACCCGGCUGGCGGAGGCUCUGCUCGCUGCCAUCAAGCCCGGCAGCCUAGCGCUCGCCGAGGAGACCAACUCGACAGUCGACGGCGGGGACACGAUGGCCCACAACCGGGAGACGUUCCGACGCUGCAUUUCGGCGGCGCUCUCCACGUCCCAGCUUGAGCCGCAGACGGUGGCGAGGGUGACCACGUCAGCCUCCGACCAGGUCCUGGCUCUACGGCUAGCUCUGCAGACAAUGCUGGCGCACCUGGAGGAGGUUGGGGACGAACAGCUGCCCGGCUUAGAAGACAUGUCGGCGGAAAAAGUUUUCUUUUCUGCCUUUGGCCAGAGUUUGUGUUUGCAUAAGACGGAGGAGAAGAGCCGAUGGGACGAGUUCACCGAGUUCAAGGUCGAUGGAAAGGUCAAGCUGGAGCUUACAGUGGAACAGGCGGCACCGUUCCGGGAAGUGUUCAACUGCAACGAAACGCACGCACAUGUGCUCGAAGGACCGUGCGGCUUUUUCGUGUAAACGUGCGUGAAUGUGCAGCCAGUUGCGAGCAAGGAGAGCGAGAGAGUCGACGUUUUGUGUGAUCCAGAACCAGAGGUAGCUGACGCCUGAGGCGCGCACUACCUUUUGACGCCGAAGGUAGGCGGUCAUGACAAAUGGAGAGUGCCGUUGAAAGAUGCAUGCAGUGGGCCAAGAGCAAGUAUGCAAUGUUGUACGUCAAAAAAUGAUUGCUGUGCCCGCUGGGGCAUACCAGUCCCAGGAACUCGGCGCUUUUUGCCGAGCUCCAAUUAUUUUUUGUCGCGUGUUCUGUUAUUUGUUGCAAAACGUGCAUUUCAAUUUUUUUUUUUUUUUUGCUACGGUGCAUCUGUCUUGUCAUGAGUAGGCGUGAGUGCGAUAGUGAAGAAGGGAGUAGACUAACUUUAUGUGUGGUGUGGGUGUAAGCUUUGGCAUUUUAGAGCUUAGGUUCUAUGUCAUUGUAAAGGCGAACGAAAUAUGCCAUCCCGAUACCUAAGUUUGUAUCGGACGAACAAUGUCAUAAUACGUGAUUGUUUUUACUCUGUGGGUCUUUUUAGUCACUAAUUACUCGCGAGGUAGGUACGGGAGAGGUUACUUGGAACAUUUUUUCUGCAUCUCUCAGGAACAUCUAGGAUAACGUUUAACGUACAUGCACUUUGAAGUAGUUAGCUAGCUUGAAGAUAGGAUUUCUGGCUAGACUGCACGUUUUGUUAGGUAAGCUACGUCACAGCUGCUGCGCGAAGCAUCCUUUUUUAUCGUUUUUGGAUCGACAACAUUUUUUUCUGUAGAUAACUGAGUUCAUGAACUUCUUAUGCUAUCAACCUGCUGCAUAAUUUGCGAGAGAUGAGAGGGACAAAGCUACUUCUGGCCACACACUGCCUUUAAAGGGACUAUCCCACCUUCUAAAAUGUUGUUAAAACCAGUUAAAUUGUGACCGACUUUAUAGAUUGGAUGACCAGGAACACGGUUCUGGCAUUGAUUUUUCAUUAAACAUCUUAGGCUUCCCAUAUUCCAAACACAAACUUUCAAAUAUGUGACGUCACAGCCCAAAAUUACCUCCUUCCCCAGGCCACAUUACUGUCAUAAAGCUGAUUCUUUUUACUCUGUAGGCACCACAACAAAGUUCAGACCAAGUUUUAAGCGAUUUUUCAACGAACAAACCCAUUUAAAGGGACCCUCCCACCUUCAAAAAAGUUGAUGAAUUGGCAUGAAAGUGAUGUCCCUUGGUUCAGAAAGAGCGAAAACGAAUAUCUACCAAAUUUCACCGAAAAAUAUUCACUGGUUUUCAAGAUAUUAGGCUUUUACUUUUGUUUACUUUUUGGGAUCUCCCUGUUACUAGCGACUUUAUUUGGAAGCAAUAAUUUGGCAGCCUUAAAGUGCGGCAGACGUUGCGCGCAAAGCAGCGUAUACCACCACGUGUUAACGAUGGUAUUAGUCUAAGAUUUAAAAAUCGUUAGAUCUCCGCUGACGUCACAAAUUCUAAGGGGGCAUACCAAUGCAUUAGCCCCUUAGAAUCCGAAAACUGCAAGUUUGAAAUUCCAUAUCGUCGAAUUAAAGCAUUUCUCGAUGUUGUGAGUGCCCAAACCGGUAUUUGAAGGCCAUGGCCACCAAUUUGGCUAUCUCAACUCAAAACUAAUGUUAAGGUGGGAGGGUCCCUUUAAAUCAGAAUGACUAAACGAGGUGACGUCACACUAACGGUCGCUCCAUGUUGAAGAUAUGGCCUUGUACAAGGCCCAUUUUCAAAUGAAGGGAACGAAUUUCUUCAACACCAAGAGGCCGCGGGGGUUGCAGCCUAGAUAGAUAGUGGUUUCUGAACCUCGCCGCAAACUUGGCUAUCUCAACUCAAACCCCAUGUUAAAGGUGGGAUAGUCCCUUUAACGAAGGAUGAAAGUAAAACCACUUCCUAUCGGUACUACACAUCAUUUUAACUACACCAAAUUAAGUGCUUCGGAAUUCGCAUACCUACUACACCUUUAGCUUCAUUUUCAGCAUGAUUUGUAGUCAUUAAAAAAACGGCUGAAAUUGAACGGAGACGGCUGAUCAAUCAAUAUAAAAUAAAAAAAGAACUAGGAUAAGGUAGCAGCUAUCGGAUACGAAAUGCCAUCCCUUGCAUCUAUCUAAAUAAAUAUUAAAAUCAAUAUUUCUUAAUCAAUGGCAGGUGUCUGCUUCCAUAGAAAAUCGUGCAAUCAUGCUAAAAGCUAAUGGUUUGUCCUGAGCUUCAGUGCCCGUGCCAUAUGGUCCAAUGUUCAGUAUGAAUGAAAGGUGCGCAUACUUCGAUUAAGCUUAUUUGAAAUUAAGAUCUUGGCGAUCUCGUGUGAUUAGCAAAUGUCUCACCUGUAUGGCAAAUACAUGGUUGGAAUAAAGUGGGGAAAGAUGGAGUCCUUCCCCCUGCGAGAUGUGUCUGAACUUCUCAUGUUUCAUUUUUCCCACUGCACGAACGCUUUCUAUGUAGCCAGUGGUUGUUGUUCAUGCGUGUGCCAAUUCUGUCAUGUUCGUUUGACGUUUACGACGCGUGAUGUCCAAGUGCACCAAUGAAUCCAUGGUCUUGUUUUGUCAAUAAACUAAGAUUCGGAAA